GACCAAAGAACUAGAAGUUGCGAUCCUACAUUCCUCGGAGAAAAGCGAUUCCCACGUGCAGCUUGCCGGUUGACCAUCAUUCUAUCGACAUUUGUGGCGUGCAUUCAGACCGAUAACCACGUGGAGCCGACAUAGGCAUAAAUCGAAGCGCAGCGACAUUGAUAAGCUCGGAGACCCUGAUCUCUAGCUUGGACGAUGGCGCCGUCGCAACGGAUCAGCAAUUUGCCGCCUGCGCUCCGUGACAUGGAAACUGGGAAAGUACGUCGUUCUGGCGCACACAAACAUAAGCAUAAACGGUCGGAUUCGCCGGUCAAAGCAGCUGCGCUUGGGACAUCGGCUUCAGAGACCCAAGACGUGUCGACCAGUUCUUUGGGAAAACUCGAUGCUGAAAAUACUGGGCUUUUAACGGUGGAAAAGUCGGUCAGCCCGCCGACAGAAAAGGUUGCGUCCGGCGUGGAGCCUAAGCAUCAUCGAAACCAUCGACGCAAAGGAGGUCGGAUCGUCAGCGGCGCAUUAUUGGAAGAAGGUGCACGAUCUCAUCGUCGUCGACAUAGAGGCGGAGACGACGGAUAUGAUGAUCCACAUGCAGCGCAGAAAAGAAGGAGAAGGUUCUGUUGUUUGAUCUUGAUUGUUCUACUCGUACUUUUACUAGUUAUUCUCGUACCAGUGGGCGUCCUCGUCAUUGGAAAACACAACAAUGAAAAUGCAGCAAAAUCAGCGCAUUCGGCAGUAAGUAAUACGACGACAACGUCACCAAGGCCAAGCAAUACGGUUCCGGUAGGCUCCAAAUAUACAGGUUCUCUGAAUGAGCUGACAGUAUAAUCCCCAGAUUUCUGCCAAAGGAAGCUUGCUUGAUCCUAGUACAUGGCUCGAUACGACCGAUUUUAACCUGACUUAUACAGAUGAAACUGUCGGUGGACUUUCGGUCAUGGGACUGAACUCGAC